GAAAAAGUUGAUUGCUCCGCAUACCGCAGAAACCCUCUAGCUAAGUGAAGAGUACGUAAGAUUUAGUCUAGCUAAUGAAUUUUCAAUCUUCUCUCGUUGGAUAUUUACAACUGUUGUUUAUAUUCUCGUUUCUAAUCGGAAAAAAAAACUUCAUGUUUUGCUAAUGGGGAAAAGUCACAAACAAACUCAUGAACGGAGGAGGUUAUACCAUUGUUCUGUUGAGUUGUCAAAAGACACUUAACAAAAUGUACUCUCAUGGAAGAAAAAAACACUUUUGAUGAUACAUCGUUCUUGGGAUCUUCUAUUAUAAGUUUGAAGACAACAGAGUAGAUCAAAACACUACUGUUUGGUUUCUUGCCUCUGUCACUGUAACAGAAACACACCAGAUUCAUCAUUUCUCCUCCACACAAUUUUAAAAUAUGUUUUAGUAAGUAGAGAGUUGUGUAUGAAAGUGAAGUAUGGGAGAGUGAUGAAGACGUGAGAGGCAAACAAAAGUCAUUAGUAGAAAACAAACAAAGCAAAGUGUUUUGAAACAGUGAAGUAAGAGUUGUUCUGAUUUUGGCUACAAAACAAGUUGGCAACACAAAACUCUUAAGUUUUGUUUUUCAGAAAGAAUAGAGAGCUGAUAAGGACAACUCAAACCACUGCUUUCCCUUUCAUUCAUUUCAUUUUCCAGCUAUUUUUUCUUACAUUUUACAUUGCCUAGGAAUAUUCAACGAACUUAAUCCCUUGAAUAACAUUAUGCAACUCUUCUGAAUGCAUUUAACUAACCGGAGAUCGGUUUAGAUGAACCGAUUUAAAUUGAAUACUUUAGUGAAAACCAAGUUGGUGGAAUUUGGAAAUUCCAAAUCCCAAAAUGUCCCUACAACACCAUAGAAGCUACACUUUAGGUGUAAAAAACCAUACACAGGAAGAAAAUUUAAAAAAAAAAACAAGUUAAAAGAGAGAGAAAGUAAAAAGGGUUGCUUGCGGGGAAGCGUGGAGGGUGGCAGAGAGAGAGAGAGAGAGAGAUUCAGACAUUGUUUAAUUCUACAGUUGUUACUACUUCAAAACUGCUUUUUGGGUUUUGAUUCUCUGUCUGAAUAUAGACAUUUCAUAUCUUCACAACUUCACCAGUUCCUUAUUUCAUAUAUUGGUUGAUUUUUUUCUUUAAAUACAUUGAUUAAUUAAGUCUAUUUGUUACUUUGUGACUACAAAUAUAAAUGUUAAUCUUAGUAAGCAUGAUAUUUGUAUUUGACUUUAAAGUGUUGUGUUGAAUUUUGUUGCUAAAGAAUACUAAGACAUGAUGAUUUAGAACCUAUCAGAUAUAUACAGCUUCGGUUUUUGUUUGGAUUCGUCAGAGAACGUAUGAUGUUUCCAAGAUAAUUAAGUUGGUAAAAUCUGUGGUGGCCCUGGUGGGUGAAGUUGUAAAGCAACUUUCGUAUUCGUGGGCAGUGGCUUAUAUCACCGGCACACCGUCUUUUUAUGUUUUAAGAACAUUAACAAAUAGUCAAGUCUGUAAUAAAGGUUUUGUGACAAAAAAAAAAGUCUGUAAUAAAGGUUCAUCAACUGAUAAUCCAAAGUUUUAUACAUUUUGAAUAUAAAUGAUAUAGAUUAUAGUGUAUAACCUUUUAUAUGACCUGAGAAAUGGCAUGUAGUUAUUUUGUUAACCAUUUCUUAUGGAUUCCUCGAAAAAUUGAUUUACGAACCUCAAUUCAAGAGUUAAACCAGAAAACAUUAGUUUGGGUUUCAAGUUCGAUUUGUUUUUAAAUUAAAGUCAAAAUAAAUUGUUAGAAAGAGAAUGAGGUCAUAAUGCUAAAGGGGACAAAAACAUGUUAUGGUAGAUAAGUAAUUAUCGUGUGACAGGCUGUGUCCAUGAAAAAUUCUGCAGAAGCUAUGACGAUUACUUUUAUUUUAUAUUUUUUUAUCAAAUUUAAUUAAUUACGGUAAUUUUUUUUUUCAUUUUUGCAACCUUUUACAACAGUUAUUCACACGCAUGGAUUGUAGUAUUGCCGAAUUUAUAUAUGCUGAAUAUCUUACAUCUUCAGAAAGUACAGUAUAUUACGUCAUGCGUGAAUGAAUGAACGGAUAUCUAUUUGCAUAUCAGGAUAGUAAAUAAGAUAAUUGGGUUAAUAUUAAAAUAGUUUUGUACUGGAAGAUUAUUAAUAUGGAUGUUUUUACAUGUUGUUUUGUCAAACUCAUAAUUCUUUUGUGCUCGAAAAAGCUUCUAAUUAAUUUAUAUAUUCAAAAUGAAAAGUAAAAAAGAUAAAAGGUAAGAUAGGAAGACACACUUUGUAUGUUCUCAUGUAUUGUCUUGAGUACUUUUACAAAAAAAAAAAAAGUAUUGUCUUGAGUAAAUGAAGUAUGUUUUGAGUUUUUCUUUAGUUCAAAAAUGAUACAACUAAGCAAAUAAUAAAAGUAAAGUAAAGGUAGGGUGAAAGAGGAAAGAAUAAAAGACAUGAGCAAGGGUAAAUGGUGUUUCAACAAAUUAGGGUUUAAGGGUUUGAAAAAAAAUCAAGCGAGAGAGAAGAGAGUAAUAAUAAUGAAGGAGAGAGAGAGCGAAUGGGCGGGGUCCAUAAUGUGGCAGGGCAUGUGGCUGGGCUUCCAACUUGACCUUGUCGGUUGUUCUCUGCACUGCCCUUCUCUGCAACCCACACACUAUAUAAAGCCUAAUUUCUUUUUAUUUUUAGUUAAUCUCUUUAUAUUUUUUUGCACAUUCGAAAAAGCAAUAUGGUAAUUAUUUUUGUUUUUGAGUUUUUACGGAAGUUUUUUUUUACAUUGUUUCAAACUUUCAAUACUAUAGUUCUGCACUUCUAUUCUACGGAAACAUUGUUAUACAUACUCAUAUCUAAAAUUUACAAUAUAUAUUUAGCAUCGGCCUUGGGUGAAAGGUAAAACGCAGUGAAAUAUUCGCCUACCUUCCAAGUUUUAGAAGUUAUUAUACUUUGAUUUUAAAAAAUUUAAAUAAUAUUUUUGUUAAAAUUUAUCGUAAAAUAUUUGUCCCUCCAAAAUCUCAAAACCGAUUAUUAGAUAUAAUAUAACUGAAUUUAUUGACUGUUAAAGAUAUAUUUACACUAAUUGACAAUAUGUUUUAAUUUCAGAGUAUUAUUUGAAUGAAUUAUGUUUAUUAUCCAAUGUAAGAAAAUUAUUAAAAAUAUUGAUUGCAUGAACUAAGUCCUGAUUAAUUAUCAUUUACGUUUAUGUUUAAUUUUGUAUGGAUGUAGUGUUCAUUGACUUCGAUUUUGACUUGUAAACCAUAUGAACUUUUACAAAUUCACUGGUAAGCAAAAGCACAAACGUUCAUAUUCCAGUAUAAACAAUCAAAGACCUUCUUGACCCCCACCCACCCCACCAAGAUACAACUAAGAUCUGUGCACCGACUUGGUUGAAGUUCUCAGGUAGAUUAAUUAAGAUCGUUUGGAAUAGUUGACCCCCUCAAACGCUCUUAAUUCUAUUAAUGGGGACGCAAACAAUGCAGAAAACAGCACUUAUGCAUAAUGUCCACAGGAAGUAUAGAUUGAGAGUUGUAGCUUUGGAGGUAAACUUGAAUAUUGUAUACUACUUGUUAUCUAAAACCAGAGGACAAUAAAUGAUAUAUAUCUAAAACAAAGAUUACGUAAUAAGAUCACCCGAUUACCAAUGUAAAAUAUGAUCCACUGGCACAAAUUACAAUGCUCUGAAUUAACUAUUGUUAGUGUUUAUUUAAUCAUUAUUAUAGUUGACUACGUAAUUAUUUAUUAAUAUGCUCAAAGGGGAUUAACUGACGGAACAUACAGACAACAGUCCCGUUUCAGGCUGAUUAGCAAUUUAGCAUUAUGCAAAACAACAGAAAAAAAAAAGGAAGUAAAUAAUUUUAAUGAUGUAUAUAUUAUAGUUUUCAAGUGUAUUUUAACAGUUUUAAAAGGAUCAACGUACGCACUAAUGCCUUACUGUACACGGUAAAAAAGUGAGCUCACAAAAACUUGCGGUCAGAAUGUCAAUAAUUGCAUCAAUUUCAUGCGAGUUACAAAUACUAUGAAAUUUGAGCUUCAAGUUACUAGAGAAUCAUGCUGUGUUUAGAAAUUAACUGAAAAAUUCAAUUAUUUUGUUUAAUAUAGAGUAAUGUUCUCAUCUGCAGUUUGGAUCCGCCGUCGGAUAUAUAAACCGGCGAUUUGGUCACUAGUUUGAUUCUGAUAUAAAUUAUAAUGCCAAAUCAGCUAAUUUGAAACCUACUGCUAACAUUUAAAAAGAAAACCAACAAAAUCUGACUUAACCCAUGAUCGGGGGUCAGUCUGCUUACACCCUUCAUGUUUUAAAAUGUAUAUAUGUUAUAUACAGUUUGUAGAAUUUAGCAGAAAGUGAUGAAAAUAACUAUAAUUUUGAUGUAAUACAUUGUUAGUUUAUUUAUUUUUUAUAAUUAUACAAUACACACUAUUUUAAUGUUUCUUUUUGGUUUAGUUUAUAAUUGAUAUUUUCAGUCACUUUUAUCAUUAUUGUUAGACAUCAUAUUUAAAACUAUCAGGUUUUUAUUUUUAUUUUAUAGUUAUAAACUUAACAUAUAAAAAAUAUUAAUCAAUUAUUUUAUGAUCCAUCCUGAUUGUUUUGUAGAUCCAGUGACCUGAAAAUCGUCGGAUUUAAAAUAUUGAUGUAGAGUCAGAUAGCAGUUUUUGUAUUUCUGCCCAUUGUUUUAGUUUGAUCAAGGGUUAUGAUACGUUUUGAGUAAAUUAUAAAUGGUGUCCUACUAUACAAACUACUUAAUUUAUAAGGAUAAAAUUCAAUUAAAAGUUAUGUUCUGUUUUCACACUUUUAUAAGUUUGUACAUUAGUUCAACUCAAUGUUAAAAAUGAUAAUACUAACUUUAAAAUAGCUUUUGGAUAGAUUGCUGAACAUAUUUAGCGGUCAAAAUAUUAAAGCAGCUAUAAAAGAAAAUGCAAAAAAUGAUAAAUACCUUAAUAAGUAUAUGAUAAACAUAUAUAAUAGUAUAAUAUAUAUAGUAGGGUAUGAUAUUAGUCUCAUCUCUCAAAAAACAAAGGGGAUCGUCUCUUAUCUCUUUCUCAUGGCCUCACCACACGCAACCAAACUGUCUCUUAUAAUCAGAUCUCAAAGGUUGGCUUGUUGGGAGCACUGAGACAUCAACACAUGGUUUCUUCUCUCUUUCACCCUUAAAAACCCAAUUAGCCCUAAAAAUCCCUUUUACAGUAUUACUCUUAAAAGUUCCUCUCUCAUCUCCUCAUCUCUCUCUCUCUCCAUUAAAACCAUUCACAAGCAAAAAGCUUUGAGCUUUUAAUGAGUUUUAGAUCCUCUUCGGUUCCUCCUGCAAAGAACUGGGCUGUUCCUCGUGUACUUGCUCUUAUCUGGUUUUAAUUUUAAUUAAACUCCAAGAAGAAGAAAAAUGGAUAUGAGAAGCCAUGAAAUGGUAGAGAGAAGAAGAGAUGACAAUGGCAACAAUGGUGUUGGUAGCAUUGCAAAUGAAGAUAAUGUCAACGGUAAUAACAACAACAACACUCGUGUCUCUUCUCAAACCCUAGAUCACCACCAGUCCAAGUCUCCGUCUUCUUUCGUCAUCUCCGCCGCCGCUAAAACCGCCGUGCGGUACCGGGAGUGUCUCAAGAACCACGCGGCGAACGUCGGCGGAAGCGUGCACGACGGAUGCGGCGAGUUUAUGCCGAGCGGCGAAGAAGGGACGAUAGAAGCUCUCAGAUGCGCUGCUUGCGACUGCCACCGUAACUUCCACCGGAAAGAAGUCGACGGUGUGGGAAGCUCGGAUGUGAUCGCUCACCACCACCGUCAUCACCACCAUCAGUACGGUGGAGGAGGAGGAGGAGGGAGAAGACCGCCGCCGCCGAACAUGAUGCUUAACCCGCUCAUGCUUCCUCCGCCGCCGAACUACACGCCGAUGCACCACCACAAGUACGGUAUGAGUCCGCCUGGUGGUGCAGGAAUGGUGACGCCGAUGAGCGUCGCUUACGGUGGGAGCGGAGGAGGAGGAGGUGGAGCUGAGUCGUCUAGUGAGGAUCUGAACAUGUACGGACAAUCGAGCGGAGAGCACGGAGGAGAAGCAGCGGCGGGACAAAUGGCGUUUUCGAUGUCGUCCAAGAAACGGUUCAGGACGAAGUUCACGACGGAGCAGAAGGAGAGGAUGAUGGAGUUCGCGGAGAAGCUGGGGUGGAGGAUGAACAAGCAAGACGAAGAAGAGCUCAAGAGGUUCUGCGGUGAGAUCGGAGUGAAGAGACAAGUCUUCAAAGUGUGGAUGCAUAACAACAAGAACAAUGCAAGGAAGCCACCACCAUCAACAGUAUGAGGAACCUCUCUAAUGGUGAGAUUAUGUCGGAGAUUAUCUAUUAAUCUAUUGUUGCUGUCUUUUUAUUUUAAUGUUAUCUAGGUUUUUGUAGCUUGUACGAUCUUUGGAUCAAUCAAUGGAUGUUUUGUUUGCGUAGUUAAUGUUUUUUUUUUUUCUUUUAAUUUGGUUUGUUUUUAUUUUAUUUUUCUGUAUUUUGUCUUUUACCCAGUUCGUACUUGUAAUCAGCUUCGUUUACUUGUUAGUUUAUGUUUCUGUCUU